CAACGUUUAUACGUCACGGCUUUGCUUUCGUGUCUCGCACUAAGCUCGCACUACGGCCUGGCGCCAGUCACUUGUGUCUACGCACUCGCGAUUUGGCUGUAUAACGAAAACGGGAUCUCAUGGCUCGGCUCUCAGGGGCGCGCGCAAGACUCCCGAUAUCGCUCAGGCGAUGCGUUAAUGGGACGCAGAACACUCCCUCUCCUCAUGUCCCAGAGUGUAGCACGGUGGUCGCUCUUGUUCCUGACCGUUGGGUUCUCAGGUGUUCUCAUCCUGCUGUGGGAGCCUCCUACUGCUAUCAGCGCGGCUUUCAUUGCCGUCGGGACUGUGACUGCACUUGAGUUCAUACUAAACCAUUCGGAGGAGGCUGACAGACAAACGUUUCACUGGUACGAGGCGUGGCUGCUCGUCGUCCAUCUUCUGCCUGUAUUUCGGAGGAUAUCUAGUGAAGAAAUUUCCUUCAGAAUAACCGCCGGUCUCGGCUGA